ACAAUGUGUCGUUUCUUUCAUUCGCUAUCAAACAUUCUAACUCGUCGUCCCUAACGCUGCAAUCUCAUGGUGUUUGCUGAACAGACGCACUGUUGAUGAAGAGCUUGGACUUUUGUGCCUGAACGGCUAAUAGCAGUAGCGCACAGGACAGUGCUUGGUGAGCCAGGGUGAUUCUCGAUCAUCGGAUUGGAAUUUUUCCGUUGGCAUUGUACCUUCUUUGCUUGUGUUUUUGAGGCUCGAUGGCUGAUCAGUCAAGUUCGCUCCCGAACGAAGAGAGUACAGGAAGCUGUGCAAUCUGUGGAGAGCAUCCUGAGCAAGGACGUGUUCUGCCAUGCAAACACGCGUGUUGCCUGCAGUGCCUAGAGAACGGAAAGACUCGACCUGCUCGAUUGCACAAGAGGCGUUCGUACAAGGUCCGAUGUCCGCUGUGCCAGGCGAAACAUCUCACCAAGACCGUCUCGGCCUUUCCGAGAGUCUCAGUUGAUGCGCAAUCAGGCGUCAAGUCCAUAUCGAUAUCCGUUGAAUGCAAAAACCAUCCUAACCAGCUGGUGCAGGCAAUCUGCAAUGAGCAUUGUGUAGGAGUGUGCGAAGCGUGCAUUCAAGGUCACCAGUCUUGUUCAAUGACCUUACCAGAGGAUUGGUCCUCAAAGGGAUUGGAUUUGAGAAAACAGGCUGUCACCACUGCUGAGCUAACUCUUAUUCCCCUGUGCCGUAUGAUGGUGACGAGUGAAGACAACUUUACAGCCCUACGAAAACACGUACAGCAUGUGGAGGGUGAGAUGGUCCCAAACCCGAACCCUGAUCCAAGCAAAGAUGAGUUCUCGAUCAGAGAACUACAUGACAUGUUCGAUACGGAAGGCGCAGAAUACUCUGAUCAUAGUACGCUGCUGUGCAGGGAAGUGCAGGUGUUCCUCGACCUAUUCACUGUAUGCGAGAAACUUCUCACCUAUUCACGAGACGACAUUGUCGAGCAAACAAGUGCCAUCUGCUCGGCACUUCUGCGUAUGAAGAAGAUGGCCUGCGCAGAGUUGGCAACAUCGGCUUGGGAGCGUAGCCAUGUUGUGGAGUAUUCCGAUUACAAGCUGAUCAUAAGGGAUGCACAGCGUGGCACGUACACCGCAAAUGCAAAGCCGAAGGAGGACAUGUCUUUGGAAGAUGCGGCGACGGCUUUCAGUGAUCUUCAUGGUCAUGCCGUAUUACUAGAAAAAGACAUUGCGCAGGCAAUCGAUUACACACUCACCUCACUACUCCGGUGGAAGAGCAAAGCAAACACCAUGGCGUCGUCACACAGCCCCGGUGGCGGCGAUACUCCUCACGGUGGCCUGAUCAGUGCUAGUCAGCUGAAGCAAGGCCAGCAGCGCUACGACCAACGCCAGCAGCAGGCCAAGCGCCUAAACGCUGAGCAGAACCGGCGCUUAUCAGAGCAAGGUCAGCAGGCCGACGCGCUACGCCGCAAGCGCCAGGAGAGCACCGACAGACGUGCCAGUGAAAGCGUGCUCAGUCAGGGUCAACGGGCCGACAAGCUGCGGCGCCAGAGACAAGAGCAACUCGAAGAGCAACGUCUCAAGAUCCAGCAGGCACGGAAAGAAGAAGAAGAGCGUCAAGAGCAGCGCCGUAGAAAGGCGCAGGAGGCCCUGGAAAAGCAAAAGCAGGAUCGUUUGGAGCAGGAAAGGAAGAUGCAGGCGGAGAUUGAGCGGCAGCGUGAGAAGCAAAGAUCUGAGAAGCAAAGGCGCGAAGAAAUACGCCAGCAGCACCAGGAAAAACAACUGCAGCAGCAUGCAGCGCUCAAGCAGGAUCGCGUCGAGAAAAGUCAGAGAAUGCAGAACGAGCAGCGAUCCGUGUUGGAGGAUUUCCAACGCCAGCAGCACGCUGGAAUCCAGCAGCAGCACCAGAGCCUGCAAGAGCGCAGUGAACAGCAUCACAGCCUGCGCCUAGAGCAAGAAGACCAAGUCCACCAGGUUCUCCAGCGCCAGCAGGAGAAGAAGAAGCAGACCACUGACACGCACCAGGCCCAUCAGCACCUUGACGAUGACCAACUAGACCUGCAGAAACGCCACGAGGAGAAACAGCAACAGCAGCAGCAGAUGCUCAUUGAGCAGCGUGGGAAUGAUGUCCAGCGAGAGCAGAGGCUGCGUGACACCAUGGCAUCUAAAAAACAACAACAAGAGUACCAGCUACGUGACAUGGUCGAAAAGCACCACAUUGGCGAGAAGCAGACGCCUCGCCUUGCCAAUGCUGUCCAGGAUGUCAUGGAGAUGCAGCGUCGGCAGAAUGUAGAGCACGAGGAGCGCAUCAAGCAAGUGCUCGGAGCACAGGACGAAAAGAAAAGAAAACAGCAAGAACAGCAGCAAGGUGGUGGCAUGGAUGUUGAUCCUGUUCUUCGUGCACAGGCCGACAAGAAGAGAGCACAGCAAGAGGAGCUUGUGCAGCUCAAGCUGAGUGAGGAGAAACGACUGCAGGAGCAGAUCGAGAAGAAACGGCAGCAUCAACAGGCCGUGGUGGAUCAGCAUCAAGCAGAGGAGAGACAGCACCGAGAACAAGUGCUACAGGUUCUGAGGCACCAGCCAUCCCUUGACCAAGCCACUUGAGAUUCGGGCCACAUCCGAAUUCUUCACGUCCUUACACAAACUUUACUGAAUAAUAGGUUGGUAUCCAAGGGUUCGGCUCUUGAGAUUUGGGCCACAUCCGAAUUCUACACGUCCUUACACACGGUUCACAACUUGAUUGGCAGGUAUCCAAGGAGUCGGCGUUGACUUCAAAUUUCCCGACUACAUUAUAGUUCUCCCAAUGACUGACAUUGGGAGUAUGUCAGGUACACGUAAGUGACACAAACAAGUCUGGUGGUCUUUUUCAGUAUGAUCCACCCAACACUGAUCUUUGCUGCUGAUGAAUCGAAUGACAUAAUUCCCAUACAUUCCAGCAGAAAAAGACAAAAUAAAAUACUUGUGGAAUUAUAGUAUCUAUAAAGCUAUAAUUCCACAAGUAUUUGUCUUUUUCUCGGUGCUUUCGGUACAUGUUUGUCCUGCCUAAACUUCCGAUACCUGAACAAACACUGAUAAGGUUCAUACAAUAGCCAACUGACUUUCUGUCAAAUUCUGUUCCCUCACUGGUCCUAUCAUAGCCUUGAACGUUCCACGCUGGAAGGCUGUUGGUUUGCGCACUGGAAAGGCUGUUGGUUUGCGCACUGGAGAUGUGUUAGAGCUAGGUCUCAGGCCGUUGAAUGUCUCAGUAGCCUGUCAGUUUUGUACUCUGUUAUCGCACUUUCUGAUUACUUAUCUUGUUACAGUCGUGGAUAGUUGCUUCAUAACUCGUUUCCAUGUGAUUUCUUUCUACAUGUAUUUUGAUUUUCGGUCCCUAAACUUUCACUUUCUCAUUCUCUCGUCUCCUGGAUGGCGGGGAUUAAAGUGACUACUAGCACCAUGCUACCCAUUCAAUAUCGCACCAGUGGAGAACCCCUGGAUAGGCUACCCGCCUCUGGGUCAUCCC